AUGCUGGGUCUGGAGGGCCCCUGCUGGGUGGGCCCGGGCCCCGACGGCGGCCUCACUGUGAGUGAGGAGUUUGGGGAUGUGCGGCUGUUCGGCAGUGCCCGCCAGCCCCUGGGCUCCCUGGGGGGCCUGACGGGGCACACCUUCGGCAACCCGGCGGGCAUAUGCACUGACGUGGAGGGCAGCGUGAUUGUGGCGGAUGAGCAGCAGGGCCACGUGACCCUGUUUCCUCGGGUCGGCGCGCCCAUCUGCCUGGUGUCCGAGGGGCUGAGGAGGCCCUUGGGAGUGGCCUGUGCGCCUCAGGGCCAGCUCGUGGUGGCAGAUGCGGGUGACGGCGACAUCAAGGUGUACCAGUACCGCUCGCAGUGGGCCUGA